AAUUGGAUUUUCUGUGUGUUUUGGAUUUGCUCGUGCCGAUUGUUUCUUGUGUUAUCACAAAUCGACACGAAAUAAUGUUGACGAUUUUGCGGUUUAAAUCGUGUGUGUGACUCAAUGAUACGAGAAAAUUUAUAAAUUCUGUCUAUCAGUCAAGUGGUGUUAUGACUUGUGAAUUUCGCACAUUGACCACGGCCGCGAAAUUAAUUUUAAAGCGUAUUUUCACUGAAACAACAAAACUAACAGUGACUGCAGCAAUACAGAUGAACAUACACACAUGUUCUUCAUCGAAGACUCUAAGUUCAAAUCACAAUCGGCAUUUAAAAAAAAUCGCAUGAAUGUGAACGUGUACGUAACUAAAACGAACAAACGAACACUAAAUCAUAGAAAAAUUCGCGAUUAUUUUUUUUUGCAUUGUUGUUGUUGUUGUUUCAUUCAAGCGUGUGUGAACUAUGCAUCGCGGAAUUUUGAAUGAAAUAAAAAGGAAGAGUUCGCCGAUUACGGAAAAGAAAAUGCAAAAUGCAUACAUGUGAGAGCCAAAACAAUGAAGUGACAGACCGAAAAAUACGAAUGAAUGAGAGACAGACGAAAACGAAAUGAAAACGAAAAUCAAUCUCACAGUGACGAUCAGUUAAAAUCCAAUUGAAAAGUGAGACAUACGGUUAUGCAAAUCACCAAAUCAAAAGUCGAAUAAUAAGAAGAAAAAGCUGUUGUCAACGUCGUCUUUUUUGUGUGUUCGCUACUAGUGCAAGUGAGAUAGAAAGUGAACGAUCGGAAGAUUUAUUAGAGUUUUGCUUUCUUAUUUUACGAUUAUUUUUUAUAUUUUUUCACGAUUUUAACUAUCGAUGUCGUGUGUAAAUAUUUGAGUAAUAAUCGAAACCGAAGACACGAAUAGACAGAGAGCAAAAGCGGAAAUAAAAGAAGCUACAAAUUGAAAACGGGAAAAAAAAGAGCGGGCGACGAUACUGUGUGAAUGGGACAGAGAAAAGGGAGCUAUUGUGGAGUGGAACGAAAUCGAAAACGAACGAAUAUAUGCGUUUAAAGUGUGUAAUUUAAAUGUGAGCAGAAAGACGGAAAAAGAAGGCAUACGGCAGUGGUAAACAUAAAAAAAAAUCGAAAGAAAUUUUUUCUCUUCUUCUACGUUCGUUCGUUGGAUUUUUGUUGCUGUUGUUGUGGUUGAAUUAAAAGUAGUUCAUGUGAUUUAAACAUACUAUUCAUGAGAUCAGUCAGAAAUAUUAGUUGAACGUGUACGGAUCGUUUCGAAAGCAUUUUUCUUUCAUCACAUUUCAUUGUUCGAUCGAAUUCCAAUUGGUUUUCUUUUCGUCACCACUUUUUUCCGUUCGGCAUUUUUCGAAUUUUUGGUUAUAUCCAAUCGAUUGUCAAUAUCAUCAUUACGCACAAUAUCAACGACCAUACACACUGCCAUCAACACAACUGAAAAUUGAUAUUAUACAAAACAUUUCCGAUUUUACUUAAAUACGAAACCAUAAUUAACAACAAAUGUGUAUACGUCGUAAAACUACUGCUCAAAUCAUCAUUUAAUUUAAUUAUUCCAUUGCGAAAUUUUGCACGACUAACAACAACAACAUACACACAUAUAUAUAUAUGUAAUAUUUAUGUGUAUCGAAAACGAAGCAGUCAAACGUGGGUGACAACAGUAUCUUUACAGAUAGAUUUAUUGAUAUAACCAACUGAUUUUGAGCCGUUGACUGUAUGAAAUAUUAAAAAAUACGAUAAAACGUUUUUAUUGUUUUGUUAAAUCGCAAAAUAAGAGACGCGUCAAUUUAUGUCUUCAAGUGUCUUCAAGUAAUAAUCAAUAAAUCAUUUUAUCAAUUCAAGUUUAUUGCGUGUAUCUCACACACACACACAAACAUAUAUAUAUCUAAGCAACCCAAGUAAAAAAGCAUUAACCAUAAACUAAAACUACUAUAAACGAGCAACAGCAAUAACAGAAAAGGAAUAGAAAGAAAGAAAAACCGAGCAUUCAAAGUAAAAAUACACGCUGUUGUACAAAUAUUUUUUUAUGCGAAGAGCUAUUCCACGAGUGAACAAUAUACGAAUACUACAUACCGAUUGCACCACGUAAAUAGAAAGUUUCAAAGGCAAAGGUGAAAGUUUUUUCUUCUUCAUAUGUAUAUAGUAAACGUGAAAUUUACACACAAAAUCAAAAAAUAACAACAAAAAAAAACUCGUUUUAUUUUGUGUGUUAAUUGCUUGAACUUAUGAAAGAAGCAUAAUCAAACGAAGACCGACAGACAGAGAGAAACAAAAUAAACGUUUAGUCGCAUACUCGUGUCGUAUCAUCGCCAACAUCGUCGCCUUCAUCGUCGUCAUUAUCAACAAAAUACGUUGCGCUGCUGUUGGUCACACACAAUAAGUAUAAGUGGCAAACAUUACUCAGUCUUGUGUCGGUGAUCCGAAGGUACAUACCAAUUUUGAAAAGAGGAAAAUCAAUCGCGUUUAAAAAAAAAAAAAAUCUCAGAUUUUGUGUUAAGUUUUGAAUCAAUAAAAGAAUUAUGAUGUCAAAGUGGCCUGAAAAAGUUGGAAUUUUAGCCAUUGAGCUGAUUUUCCCAUCGCAAUUCGUCGAUCAAACCGAAUUGGAGGUGUUUGAUGGUGUUUCGGCCGGUAAAUAUACGAUUGGUUUGGGCCAAAGUCGUAUGGGUUUUUGUUCGGAUCGUGAAGAUAUCAAUUCGUUGUGCUUAACGGUUGUUAGUAAAUUACUUGAACGUAACAAUAUUGCACAUGCACAAAUUGGACGUUUGGAAGUUGGUACCGAGACCAUCAUUGAUAAAUCGAAAAGUGUAAAAUCGGUGUUGAUGGAAUUAUUUGAACCUCAUGGUGUGACCGAUUUAGAAGGUAUCGAUACAACGAAUGCAUGCUAUGGCGGUACGGCCGCAUUGUUCAAUGCCAUCAAUUGGAUUGAAUCGAGCAGUUGGGAUGGACGUUUUGCAUUAGUUGUAUGUGGUGAUAUUGCCGUUUAUGCCAAAGGUUCGGCACGUCCAACUGGCGGUGCUGGUGCUGUUGCAAUGCUGAUCGGACCAAAUGCACCAAUUGUCUUUGAUCGUGGCCUUCGUGCUUCAUACAUGAAACACGCUUAUGAUUUUUAUAAGCCAGAUUUAAGCUCCGAAUAUCCAACCGUUGACGGAACAUUAUCCAUUAAAUGUUACCUAAGCGCACUCGAUAAAUGCUAUCAAUUGUAUCGCGAAAAAUACGAUAAACUUAAUCCAAACGCACCGACCGCCAUCUCAUUGAAUUCAUUUGAUGCAAUUUUAUUCCAUACACCAUUCUGUAAACUCGUUCAAAAAUCAUUGGCCCGUUUGGGUUUCAAUGAUUUUUUGCAAACAUCACCGGCCAAACGGGACACAUUGUAUCCAGGUUUUGAACGUUUUGAUGAACUUAAAUUGGAAGACACGUAUUUUGAUCGUGAUGUUGAAAAAGCAUUUAUGACAUACUACAAAGAAGUGUUUGAAACAAAAACAAAACCAUCACUAUUGCUAGCCAAUCAGGUUGGUAACAUGUACACACCGUCUGUGUAUUCGGGACUCGUAUCGUAUUUGAUUAGUGGUGAUGCCAGCGAAUUGGCUGGUAAAAAUGUUGCCUUAUUUUCAUAUGGUUCUGGUUUGGCAUCAUCAUUAUAUUCAAUUUCGCUCAGUGAUAAUGAAAGCCAAUUGCGCACAGUCACCGAUAAAUUGGCCCAUAUAAAACCGCUGUUGGAACAACGACAAAAAUUAGCACCAGAAGAAUUUACCCGUUUGAUGGAGAUUCGCGAAAAAAACAAUCAUGCCGCACCAUAUGUACCGAGCGGACGUGUCGAUGUCCUAUUCCCCGGCACAUUCUACCUCAAAUCGAUUGACGAAAUGCAUCGACGUGUAUAUGACCGUGUACCAACUGAUCUGUAAAUAACACACACACACACACACAAAA